AUGUAUAAAUAAUAUGACUUGUAAUUAUUCAGUGGUGCCAUAAUAUAAUUGAAACAUUUGAGUACUAAUGAUUAUCUCUUUUCAAAUAGAAUCAAAUUAACAAGUGGGUAAGGAGAAUCAUCUAAAAAUAAUUAGAUCUAAAGAGACAAUGUUAGGAUGUACUAAAAACUAAUAUUAAGAAGGGACAAAAUUUGAAAUUCACUUGGCAUAUACAGAUUUUGGAAAUAUGCUUUAUUAGCCGAUAAAAUAUGGAGACCUUGUAUAUUUAAAAUAAUAAGAUUAAAUUGUGACUAUGUAAUUAAUUUAAUUAAAUUUAGUAAUAUAAAUAACAAAUCAUAAACAACAAAUUAGAAGGAAGCAAUUUUAAUGGAGAAAUAAAAUGAAAUUAUGGGAUCUUAGAUUUUUGUAAUAUCUCCUUCAGAAUUAUGGUAAGGUUCUAUUUUAAAAAUUAAAGAAUCAAUAAUAAAUUAAGCAUCAAUCAUAAGAUUAAUUAAUAUAACAUCUAAUUUAUCUAUACAUUCAAAUUCAAAUUAUUUUAAAUAGAAAGAAUUAUCUGAUUGUGUAGAAGUAAUUGGAUGUAAUGAAAGAGAUUAAAAUGAUGAUUGGUUUGUAAACAUUCAUGACAUUAAUCUUAUAAAUGGAAUCAUUCAUUUAUUACCUAGAUUUUCUAAACCAAUUUUCCAUGGAAGUCUAGUUAUAAUUCGUAAUGCAUUUUUAGGUACAGCUUUAAAUUCUCAUUCUAUUCUAUUAAAAUCAAAAAAUUAAGAAGUCACCACUAAUUCUAUAAUACCAAGAAUAUGUAUAUUAUUAAUAUUAGAAUUUUAGCAAAUGAACUUUGGGAAGUUGUUUUGAUGAAAAUAGAAGGAGAAAGAAAACAUUCAAUUGAAAAUCAAUUAUUAUAUGGUGAAAAGUUUUCAUUAUUACAUUCUAAUACUAAUCAAUUUCUAAAAUAUAAUAAAGGAUAAACUAAUUCAGAUAAAACAUUUUAAGUUUGUUGUUCUGAUUAAAAUCUAUUCUUAGAAGAAUGGUCUAUUAUUCCAUUAAGUCAAUAAUAAACUCAAGCAGUUUUUUGUAAUGACUUUUUUUUAAUUAAAAAUAACACUUGUUAAUAAUAUCUAACUUCAAUUGCUGAACCUUCUUAUAUAACUAAAUAACAAUACAAAACAUUUUUAACAUAAUUGCCGACCAAUGCUUCAGUGUGGACUAUUGAAGCAGUUUUGAAUAAUAAACAAAAUUAUUCAUGA